AUGAAUACGCAUCUGUACACACCACACACUCCGAAUUACUCUGACGGAUUGUCUAUCCAACAGCAAUCGGAUCAGAACUCUACUCUGCUCUACUCUACUACGCCGACAACCAGUCUUCUCCCACCAUCUGAAAACUCUAGGACCCAUCUCUUCAAUCUAGAAUCCACAAGUCGCUACCUCGCUCAGUUGCUCAACCACCACGCAACACAAGUAAUGGCCGGCUAUUUCAUCCUCACCCUCUCCCAAUGCCUCUGCCUCCUCAUCCUGCCCUUCACGACCGCUCUGCCGGCGUAUCUGCUGCUGCUGUGCGCCAGCAGCCUGGACGAGCCGGACCUGGACGUGAACGAGGGCGACUUUGACGCCGUGCUCUGCAGCAGCAGCAACGCAACGGCCAAGGCAGAACAGGCUGCGCAACCAUAUACUUAUCAGCAUCAUCACCAUCACCACCGCCGCCGUGCCCAGCAGCCCAGCGCCCUGAACAGGACCCGGUCCGAGCUGUCGCUGCACGGCUCCACCACGGCGGCCCUGCGGCUCGGGCUCGGCGCCAGCGGCUUCGCGCACCCGCGGCGCGCGGUAUUCGAGGGCUUGGGGGCCGGUGGGAUCUGA